UAAUACAUACCUACCUGUAUAUAUGACAUCAUGAAAAUACAUGGAAUUUCAAAUAUUGGCUUCGUUCUUGCAUGAGCGAUGACGCACACCCCCUUCCUACUGCUGGGUACUGGGUUUAACAACUUGAAACAAACAGCUGGGAAUAAAGUACUGGUGGUGGGCUUCUCUUCUGCAGCCCUCCGUACCUUUUAAUACAUCCUUUCCAGCCUUCUUUGGAAGAACUUACAGUCUUGUCCCGAUAAAAGGUAGACAAAUAUAUGUGACAAGCACAGCAAUAAUGGCGGCAACACCACCGACAAACAUCCGCCUCCACCAUCCCGGAAACCGCCCGAACACAGCCAAGCACACCGCCCCCAACGACGAUGGCCGGGACCCCGUGGCGUACGAGGCCGCGGUGUAUCAGCGCGGGCUGCGGUAUCAGCGGCCUCCCUUCACCUUCAAGGCGCUCGAGUGGGAAGGGCUGGCGGCAGAGCGCAUGUCAGCUGACGCAAGGGGCUACGUGCUCGGAUGUGCGGGGACGGGGGAGACGGCGCGGAAGAACCGGGACGCGUUCGCGAGGUGGUCGAUUGUGCCUCGGCGGUUGGGUCUGGGCAAAAUAGGGGAAGGAGGGGAAGGGCAAGAGGUGUUUCCAAAAUUAUCGGUCGAUGUGCUGGGAAAAUCACUGCGAUACCCGAUUGCGUGUGCGCCGGUCGGCGUCCAGAAGAUCAUGAACCCGGAUGGGGAGGUGGCGGCGGCGAGGGCGGCGGCGAGGGAACGGGUGCCGUUUAUCAUGAGCACGGCGAGUAGCACGAGUAUCGAGGAGGUGGCGCUUGCUAGUGAUGCUGCGGCUGCUGAGAGGGGAGGGGAGAAGCCGGAGCGCUGGUUUCAGCUGUACUGGCCUCGGCGCAAGCACGAUGAUAUCACGAUCUCGCUCCUGGACCGCGCGAAGAAGACAGGCUUCUCGGUGCUGGUUGUCACGCUGGAUACGUAUACCCUUGGCUGGCGGCCUAGCGAUAUGGAUAAUGGCUACAACCCCUUCCUCCGCUCCGACCAAGUCGGCAUCGCCAUCGGGCUCUCGGACCCGGUGUUCCGCGCGCACUUCAAGAGCACCCACGACGGGCGUGAGGUCGAGGCGGACCUGAGCGCCGCCGCCGCCGAAUGGACGCGCAUCAUCUUCCCGGGCACCGGCCACACGCUCGACGACGUGCGCUUCCUGCGGUCGCACUGGCCCGGCCCCAUCGUGCUCAAGGGCAUCCAGAGCGCCGAAGACGCCCGGCUGAUCGCCGAGUCCCGCCUCGUCGACGGCAUCGUCGUCAGCAACCACGGCGGUCGCCAGGCCGACGGCGGCGUGAGCUCACUUGGUGUGCUGCCGCGGAUCGUCGACGCUGUUGCCCAAGCGAGCCAACCAACGACAACACCACCACCAAAAAGACUAGCCGUGCUCUUCGACUCAGGUAUCCGCACCGGCGCCGACAUCGCCAAGGCCCUCGCUCUCGGCGCAGACCUCUGUCUCGUCGGCCGUCCUUACGUCUACGGCCUCGUGCUCGGCGGCGAGGACGGCGUCGCCCAUGUCCUCAGGAGCCUGCUCGGCGACCUCGAGCUCACCCUGCAUCUCUCCGGCAUAGAGUCCGUGGCGCUGAUGCACUUGGAUUGUGGGGAGUGGCUGGUGAAGGAGGACGAGUUGUUCUAGUAUUGUUGUACCUUGCCCAGGUGAGGAGCAGGAGCGGGAGCGGGAACAGGAACAGGAACGAAAGGAGUUGUGGUAUUGCGUGCGCUCUGUGCUUUGUUUGUUUUCUCUCUUUCUCUUUGGAUCUUUUCAAUUGAGGAUGGAUAUGGUAACGAUGUCGUGCGUGGCAUUAUGAUAUCAUGAUAAGCAUUCAUUCAAUUUUUUAUCGUUUAAGGAGAGACCUAUAACUAGUUGUCAAAGAUGACUCUUGUAUUGCUCUUUGGCCAAUUCAUCUACCUAGACUGCCUAGUACUCUCUACUCAGGGCACGACAAGAUCCGUAAGUAUUCGUUGGGUAGAUAUCAAUACAAUACAAAAUGUGAAUAAUCAAGUGUCCUCUUCAUGGAAACUACAGAUCUGAGUACCUAAUAGUAGUAGUAGUAGUAGUAGUACAUAGACGACUACCUAGGACCUAGGUAGGUAGGUAGGUAGGUACCAAAUAAGUAUGUUCGUACACUUUGACUAAUCA